ACACACACUGCGGCCUGUACUACAUGUCUGCGCAAGAUAGGCUGACUGGGGCCAGUGUGCCGGCUGUGGGGGAAGAGGGAGUGGCCGCGGAUGCGAGCGCGAUGGCAUUCACGGUUGUGGCGAUGGCGACCGAGGUGGCACGGAGGACAACGACGGUGUAUCCGCCACCGUAUGAUGGUGUGUGCGAGGGCCGGACGAAGCAAGCGGUGGGCAAUGCGGUGGGAAUGAGCCAGUUUGGUGUUAAUCGCACGACGCUGGCGCCAGGCGCGUGGACGGCCCAGCGGCACUGGCACACGAUCAACGAUGAGAUGGUCAUUGUGGUCUCGGGUGAGGUCGUCCUGGUGACCGAGUGCGGCGAGCGGGUGCUGCAUACGGGCGAAGCUGUAGGCUUUCCAGCGGGCAAGGCCAACGGCCACUGCAUCAAGAACGUGAGCGAGGCCGAGGCGGUGAUCCUGGAGAUCGGCGCACGCGAGCCUGGCGACGGUGCCCGGUAUCCCGACAUCGACAUGCAGGCCGAUCAUGACGCCGAGACCGGCAAGUGGUCGUUUACCACAAAGGGCGGCGCGCCGCUAGCGUGAGGGCUGCAGCUGCACUCUACCUCUUCACCGGCGGGCCCUGA